AUGGGAAACACUCAAGUAGAAGUGGAACUGCAGUUCAACAUUUCGGUACCGACAGAUCAAAUCCCAGAAGCUGAUGUGGUGGUAGACACCUUGGUACAGGCUGUGAUUAGUGCCAACAACACUUUCAACCUAACGAUUGAUCCUAACUCAAUAGCAGUCAUUCCUGAACAACCAACAACAACCACCGACGGACCAACAACUCCUGGACCUACAACCACCAAUGGGCUAGUGACCGUCAGUGGGCCAACAACUGCCGUCACCUCAGUUCCCUCACCAGUUGUGUCUAUUGAAGCGAUUGUGGAGGAACCUUUUGUGCCAGAAUUUAAUGAUCCCAACAGUGAACAAUACCAAACUCUUCAAACACAAGUGGUAUCAGCGUGUGACUUCAUCUUCUUCCAAGCGUUUGGAACUAUUUUCAUCAGAACAAUUGUUAUUGGAUUUAGGCCACAAAUGGGAAACACUCAAGUAGAAGUGGAACUGCAGUUCAACAUUUCGGUAUCGACAGAUCAAAUCCCAGAAGCUGAUGUGGUGGUAGACACCUUGGUACAGGCUGUGAUUAGUGCCAACAACACUUUCAACCUAACGAUUGAUCCUAACUCAAUAGCAGUCAUUUCUGAACAACCAACAACAACCGACAGACCAACAACUCCUGGACCUACAACCACCAAUGGGCUAGUGACCGUCAGUGGGCCAACAACUGCCGUCACCUCAGUUCCCUCACCAGUUGUGUCUAUUGAAGCGAUUGUGGAGGAACCUUUUGUGCCAGAAUUUAAUGAUCCCAACACUGAACAACCAACAACAACCACCGACGGACCAACAACUCCUGGACCUACAACCACCAAUGGGCUAGUGACCGUCAGUGGGCCAACAACUCCCGUCACCUCAGUUCCCUCACCAGUUGUGUCUAUUGAAGCGAUUGUAGAGGAACCUUUUGUGCCAGAAUUUAAUGAUCCCAACAGUGAACAAUACCAAACUCUUCAAACACAAGUGGUAUCAGCGUGUGACUUCAUCUUCUUCCAAGCGUUUGGAAGUAUUUUCAUCAGAACAACUGUUAUUGGAUUUAGGCCACAAAUGGGAAACACUCAAGUAGAAGUGGAACUGCAGUUCAACGUUUCGGUAUCGACAGAUCAAAUUCCAGAAGCUGAUGUGGUGGUAGACACCUUGGUACAGGCUGUGAUUAGUGCCAACAACACUUUCAACCUAACGAUUGAUCCUAACUCAAUAGCAGUCAUUUCUGAACAACCAACAACAACCACCGACAGACCAACAACUCCUGGACCUACAACCACCAAUGGGCUAGUGACCGUCAGUGGGCCAACAACUGCCGUCACCUCAGUUCCCUCACCAGUUGUGUCUAUUGAAGCGAUUGUGGAGGAACCUUUUGUGCCAGAAUUUAAUGAUCCCAACACUGAACAACCAACAACAACCACCGACAGACCAACAACUCCUGGACCUACAACCACCAAUGGGCUAGUGACCGUCAGUGGGCCAACAACUGCCGUCACCUCAGUUCCCUCACCAGUUGUGUCUAUUGAAGCGAUUGUGGAGGAACCUUUUGUGCCAGAAUUUAAUGAUCCCAACAGUGAACAAUACCAAACUCUUCAAACACAAGUGGUAUCAACGAAUUUAAUGAUCCCAACAGUGAACAAUACCAAACUCUUCAAACACAAGUGGUAUCAACGGCCACAAAUGGGAAACACUCAAGUAGAAGUGGAACUGCAGUUCAACGUUUCGGUAUCGACAGAUCAAAUUCCAGAAGCUGAUGUGGUGGUAGACACCUUGGUACAGGCUGUGAUUAGUCCCAACAACACUUUCAAACUAACGAUUGAUCCAAACUCAAUAGCAGUCAUUCCCGAAAAAGCAAGAACAACCACCCCUGGCCCAAUUACCAUUCAAAGCCCCGCAACUCAUGGACCAACAAGAAUCCAGGUUCCCUCAACUCAUGGACCAACGACCACCCAUGGUCCAACAAUCACGCAAGUGCCCAUAACUCAUGGACCGACAACCACCCACGUUCCCACAACCCAUGGGCCAACCACCACCCAUGGGCCAACAACCAUCCAUGUUCCCACAAGUGAUAGACAAACAAGAAUUAAUUUUCCCUCAACUCAUGGACCAAUCACCACCCAUGGGCCAACAAUAACGCAAGUGCGCAUAACUCAUGGGCCAACAACCACCCAUAUUCCUUCAACCCAUCGGCCAACCACCACCCAUGGACCAACAGUCACCCAAGUUCCCACAAGCCAUGGACCAACAACAACCAAGCUACCCACAACACAUACACCAUCCCCCACCCAGGUACCCACAACACAUGGACCAACAACCACCCAGCUACCCACAACACAUACACCAUCCCCCACCCAGGUACACACAACACAUGGACCAACAAACACCAAAAUUCCCACAACCCAUGGGCCAUCAACCACCCACCUAUCCACAAUUUAUGGACCAACAACCACCCAGUUUUCCUCAACUCAUGAACCAACCACCACCCAAGUUCCUUCAACCCAUGGACCAACAACCAGCCAAGUUCCCACAAACCAUGGACCAACAGUCACCCAAAUUCCCACAAGCCAUGGAUCAACAACAACCCAGCUACCCACAACACAUACACCAUCCCCCACCCAGGUACCCACAACACAUGGACCAACAACCACCCAGCUACCCACAACACAUACACCAUCCCCGACCCAGGUACCCACAACACAUGGACCAACAAACACCAAAAUUCCCACAACCCAUGGGCCAUCAACCACCCACCUAUCCACAAUUUUUGGACCAACAACCACCCAGUUUUCCACAACUCAUGAACCAACCACCACCCAGGUUCCUUCAACCCAUGGACCAACAACCACUCAAGUUCCCUCAAGCCAUGGACCAACAGUCACCGAAGUUCCCACAAGCCAUGGACCAAAAACAACACAGCUACCCACAACACAUACACCAUCCCCCACCCAGGUACCCACAACAGAUGGACCAACAACAACCCAGCUACACAAAACACAUACACAAUCCCUCACCCAGGUACCCACAACACAUGAACCAACAACCACCAAAAUUCCCACAACCCAGGGGCCAUCAACUCCCCACCUACCCACAAUUUAUGGACAGACAGCCACCCAGUUUUCCACAACUCAUGAACCAACCACGAACCAGGUACCUUCAACUCAUGGACCAACAACCAGCCAAGUUCCCACAAGCCAUGGACCAUCAAUCACCCAGCUACCCAUAACACAUACACCAUCCCCCACCCAGGUACCCACAACACAUGGACCAACAACUACCAAAAUUCCCACAACCCAUGGGCCAUCAACCACCCACCUAUCCACAAUUUAUGGACCAACAACCACCCAGUUUUCCACAACUCAUAAACCAACCACCACCCAGGUUCCUUCAAUCAAUGGACCAACAACCAGCCAAGUUCCAACAAGCCAUGGACCAACAACCACCCAAGUUCCCACAGGCCAUGGACCGACAACAACCCAGCUACCCACAACACAUACACCAUCCCCCACCCAGGUACCCACAACAGAUGGACCAACAACAACCCAGCUACACAAAACACAUACACAAUCCCUCACCCAGGUACCCACAACACAUGGACCAACAACCACCAAAAUUCCCACAACCCAGGGGCCAUCAACUCCCCACCUACCCACAAUUUAUGGACAGACAGCCACCCAGUUUUCCACAACUCAUGAACCAACCACGAACCAGGUACCUUCAACUCAUGGACCAACAACCAGCCAAGUUCCCACAAGCCAUGGACCAUCAAUCACCCAGCUACCCAUAACACAUACACCAACCCCCACCCAUGUACCCACAACACAUGGACCAACAACCACCAAAAUUCCCACAACCCAUGGGCCAUCAACCACCCACCUAUCCACAAUUUAUGGACCAACAACCACCCAGUUUUCCACAACUCAUGAACCAACCACCACCCGGGUUCCCUUAACCCAUGGACCAACAACCAGCCAAAUUCCCACAAGCCAUGGACCAACCACCACCCAAGUUCCCACAAGACAUCGACCAACAAGCAGCCAAGUUCCCACAAGCCGUGGACCAACAGCCACCAAGGUACCCACAACACAUGGACCAACCCCCACCCAGGUACCCACAACACAUGGACCAACAACCACCAAAAUUCCCACACCCAAUGGGCCAACCACCAACCAUGGGCCAACAACCACUCAAUUUCCCACAACUCAUGGACCAGUCGCCACCCAGGUAUCUACAACCCAUGGGCCAACAAGUACCCAGGUUCCCACAAGUCAUGGACCAACAAGAAUCCAGGUUCCCUCAAUUAAUGGACCAACAACCACCCAUGGUCCAACAAUCACGAAAGUGCUCAUAACUCAUGGACCAACAACCACCCACAUUCCCACUUCCGAUGGGCCAACCACCACCCAGAUACCCACAACUCAUGGGCCAACCACCACCCACGGGCCAACAACCAUCCAGGUUCCCACAAGUCAUAGACAAACAAGAAUCCAGGUUCCCUCAACUCAUGGACCAACAACCACCCAUGGGCCAACAAUCACGCAAGUGCCCAUAACUCAUGGACCAACAACCACCCACAUUCCCACAACCCAUGUGCCAACCACCACCCAGAUACCCACCACCCAUGGGCCAACAACCACUCAAAUUCCCUCAACUCAUGGACCAACAACCAGCCAAGUUCCCACAAGCCAUGGACCAACAGUCACCCAAGUUCCCACAAACCAUGGACCAACAGUCACCCAAAUUCCCACAAGCCAUGGAUCAACAACAACCCAGCUACCCACAACACAUACACCAUCCCCCACCCAGGUACCCACAACACAUGGACCAACAACCACCCAGCUACCCACAACACAUGGGCCAUCAACCACCCACCUAUCCACAAUUUAUGGACCAAUAAUCACCCAGUUUUCCACAACUCAUGAACCAACCACCACCCAGGUUCCUUCAACCCAUGGACCAACAACCACUCAAGUUCCCUCAAGCCAUGGACCAACAGUCACCGAAGUUCCCACAAGCCGUGGACCAACAGCCACCAAGGUACCCACAACACAUGGACCAACCCCCACCCAGGUACCCACAACACAUGGACCAACAAUCACCAAAAUUCCCACACCCAAUGGGCCAACCACCAACCAUGGGCCAACAACCACUCAAUUUCCCACAACUCAUGGACCAGUCGCCACCCAGGUAUCUACAACCCAUGGGCCAACAAGUACCCAGGUUCCCACAAGUCAUGGACCAACAAGAAUCCAGGUUCCCUCAAUUAAUGGACCAACAACCACCCAUGGUCCAACAAUCACGAAAGUGCUCAUAACUCAUGGACCAACAACCACCCACAUUCCCACUUCCGAUGGGCCAACCACCACCCAGAUACCCACAACUCAUGGGCCAACCACCACCCACGGGCCAACAACCAUCCAGGUUCCCACAAGUCAUAGACAAACAAGAAUCCAGGUUCCCUCAACUCAUGGACCAACAACCACCCAUGGGCCAACAAUCACGCAAGUGCCCAUAACUCAUGGACCAACAACCACCCACAUUCCCACAACCCAUGUGCCAACCACCACCCAGAUACCCACCACCCAUGGGCCAACAACCACUCAAAUUCCCUCAACUCAUGGACCAACAACCACCCAUGGGCCAACAAUCACGCAAGUGCCCAUAACUCAUGGACCAACAACCACCCACAUUCCCACAACCCAUGUGCCAACCACCACCCAGAUAUCCACCACCCGUGGGCCCACAAUCACUCAAAUUCCCACAACUCAUGGACCAGUCGCCACCCAGGUAUCAUCAACCCAUGGGCAAACAAGAAUCCAGGUUCCCUCAACUCAUGGGCCAAUGACCACUCGUGGGCUAACAAUCACGCAAGUGCCCAUAACUCAUGGACCAACAACCACCCAAAUUCCCACAACCCAUAGGCCAACCACCACUUAUGGGCCAACAACCACCCAAAUUCCCACAACUCAUGGACCAACAACCACCCACAUGUCCACAACCCAUGGGCCAACAACGUCUCCACCGCCAGUUGUCAUUCUCUCUGCGACUUUGGAGGAACCUUUUGUGGAAGAAUUCAAUGAUGUCAAUAGUGCACAGUACAAAGCUCUUGAAAUACAAGUUGUCACGGCGUGCGACAUCAUCUACAGGGCAAGAUUUGGUUUAAUCUUCAUCCGGACCUUUGUCAUCCGCAUUAUCCGCGCGGUGGUCGUCACACGAAUGGACAAAACGGAAGUGGAAGUGGGACUCCAGUUCAUGGACACGGAGUCAACCCCGCAGAAUGACCUCGUCGUUUCCACCUUGCAGGAAACACUCAGUCAACCCAACAACACGUUCAACAUCAGCAUUGUUGCGAACAGCAUUCAAGUCAUACAAUCUCCACUUAAAGCAAACUCAACAACAGCAAAGCCUGCUUCUACUACCAAAAAGGCAGUGACAACACCAAUGCAGCUCACAACGCGGACGUUGAGGUUUACGUCAGUGGGCGAGACAUUCACCGGUGACUUGCUCAAUCAGUCGUCUGCUGCGUUUAUUGCUCGAGCAAUGAUGAUCAAGACUACGCUUGAGCCUUUCUACAGCAGCGCCUUUUCGUCAUUCAACUCCUUAAUAGUUACGUCAUUCAGUAACGGCUCAAUCAUCAACAACAUGGACCUGAGGUUUACAUCAGGGUCGGUGCCCAACAACACCGCCAUUGGGAAAGUACUGAUCGACGCCGUGCCGAAUAUCACUGCGUUCAACGUGGACAUCACAUCCAUUUUUGUGAAUGGAAUGCAGGUUUCCAGCGGAGCGAGCCACAAGACGAGCAUCAUCACCGCAACCUGCCUAGUGCUGUUGUCAUGGUUACUGUCCAGCUAGCAGGUUGCUAAUAAAAUAAAGUCAUGAAGUUGCUUGAUGGGUGUUCCUCCUCCUCCUGAAAUAUAAGAUUAUAACUGACUGUGAUGUACGUUGAUAAAUGGGUUUUAUAAAUAUUACGGAAUCACACUAAAACUUGCACGUACAAUGGAACUUUGGUUCGUGUAAUUAAUCUGAAGGUCCGAUUCAACCGAAACAUACUCUAACCAAAUACAUUUUUCCCAUAAGAAAUAAUGAAAAUCCAAUUAAUCCCUUCCAGAAAGACAAAAAUGCUAACACAAAACCCAUAGUUUUACAAUUAUAGUUUUACAUGCAGAAAACAAUUGAAAAUGCAUAUAAAUACAAAUAAAUGAUGAAUGAAAGGGAUAAAUGAACAUUUACUUUUAUUUUCAUUGCAGAUGUGAUUGUUGCCAAAGACACAAUGUGGCAGCGACACCACCUUUAUAUUUUGCCAGGAGUUGUUUCUUGAAUUCAGUUGUGUUUCUCACCGCAAGUCUCUGCUUUUGUGUUGAUCACGGCUGUAAGAUCAUCUAAAAUGGAGCCCAAGAAAAUUGCAAAUGCCAGCAUUUUGAAGAAAUGAAAAAGGGGGCUGAGAAACACUACUGAAUUCAAGAAACACCUUACUCAAAAGUGCUUCUCUGUGCAAAAAAAAUCAUUAAAAAAUGGCAAAGCAUGAUCCAUCAUUUUCUCUCCCUCGUGUAAAUAACACUGUCAUUUCUGUCCCAACAAGCUUUUUAUAUCUAACACAGGAUAUGGAUUCAAUAGCAGUACAUAUUCAAGAUUCAAGAGAGUUUUAUUGUCAUAUGCAUAGUAAAACAGCAGUUAUACUAUGCAAUGAAAAUCUUAUUCUGUUCAUUCUCCCAAGAAAAGAAAGAAAACACAAGAAAGAAUAAGAACAUAAGAAACAUAAACAUAUAUACCAAUAAAUUAAGCAACAACAACAGAAGAGACAUUAAUACAUAUGGCGCCAAAAGAUUUGGUACACCUGAAAUAUUACAUUUUGCCCAAAAUAUUUGGUGCACCAGCAGCCAAAAUAUUAGCUAUGCCCAAAAUAUUAGUAUUUUUUCUUAUUUUUUUAGUUAGACUUGAGGCCGAAAUGCUAGGUAAAUUGUUGGCCUAAAUAUUAUGGAAAGAAAUUUGUGUAUUUUUAUCCAUCCAUCCAUUUUCUAUACCGCUUCAUCCUCAUUAGGGUCGCAGGGGCAUGCUGGAGCCUAUCCCAGCUGACUUCGGGUGACAGGCGGGGUACACCCUGGACUGGUCGCCAGCCAAUCGCAGGGCACAUAUAGACAAACAACCAUUCACACUCACAUUCAUACCUAUGGACAAUUUAGAGUCGCCAAUUAACCUAACAUGCAUGGUUUUUUUGGGAAUGUGGGAGGAAGCCGGAGUACCCGGAGAAAACCCACGCACGCACGGGGAGAACAUGCAAACUCCACACAGAAAUGCCCAGGGGAGAAUCGAACCCAGGUCUUCCCUAUCUCCAGACUGUUACUGUAUUGGCCAACGUGCUAACCACUAGACCACCAUGCGGCCUAUUUUUAUCCAAUCAACAAAAAAACAAUUUGCAAACAAAAACAGACUUGCAAAAAAAAAAGGGUCGCAACCAAAAAUAAUGAAUUUAAAGCUUAGAGUGACGUUUGAAACUUCAAUUUGUGUUCAAAUACAAGACCUCCGCUAUCCUAAUCAGUGGUGGUUCUAGCUAUGGGCCAUAUGGGCAAUUGUCCACGGGGGCAUUUUCUAGGAGGCGCCAAGGAUGAGGGGAAAGAAAUAAAAUCCUAUUUUUUAGUGUUCAGCGCUCAUUUGGGUAUCAAGUCAGGAUAUGUCUGGCUGGCACCCCCAAGCUGUUCAGACGUGAUCAAAGGUCCACCACGUGACGUGGAUCAAACCAAGUAGUGAGGCGGGUGAGUUCACUUGGAUUUCAGUUGCUGUAGUAGUUGUUUGGUUGUUAAAUGUUUUAUUUUAAAUCUAAGAAUGAUAUGUAUGUUAUAUUUAUUAGUAGAGCAGUAUCACCGACUAAGUCAAUUCAAUUCAAUUGAUCCGCCUAGUUGGCCUUCAGUUCAGACGGACAGGAUUAGAAUGUUUCUGCCUGAUAGAGGAGCAAAUAAGGUAGCACCUAACUUUGUUUUACUGAGGAAUGAGGGAAAUGGAAGAAGUUUCCACCUCCAAUCCUUCAGAAGGACACUGGAGGGGGCAAAAAAGCCUACGGGAGUUAGUUGGUGUACUCAGAGAUGCUUAUUUGCACUUAUAUUUUAUAUAUUGUAGUUUGUUCUGACAGAUAAUAGACGGACAGAUAACAGUUGUGGGAGUGUGUGUCGAGGUUGAGGGAUGUAGGUUUGGGGGGGUUGUAUUUGAGGGUUUGUGCACUACAAAAAUUAAUUUUCCAUUCUUUUUUUGCUGUAUUAAAUGUUUUUUUUGCUUAUUUGUUAUUAUAUAUUUUAUUUUUGUGGCAAUGUACGUAUAACAUAGUUUUUACUUUUUUUUUUAAUUGUCUUU